AUCUGUAUUUCACGAAAGUCAAAAGUAGUGUGUUGGCUAAAAUUUAAUUUUAGUUAAAUAAUCUCGUAACUUCGUUAAUUAUUCGUAUAUUGUCGCAAUAACACACUCAGAAGUAGUAUUAUGUAUUUAGUUAAAAUAUACAACUGUAAUUCGUAGGUAGGUAGGGCGUUUCUUUGUUACAAAUGGUGCAAUGAAAAAUUUUUGAAGGGUGCUAGUUUUGUAUGGAAUUUCUAAAAAUGGAAGUGAGGGAAGCAGGGGACGGGGCUGCUUCUGAUGAAUAUGAUCGUGACCCACCGAAGAAAUACAGCUGGGCGGAAGUACGGCAGGCUGUACAUGAUUUACGGAAAGAGUUAUCGUCCUUGUCGACUAUGGUGCCAAUGUCAAUAUCUUUCAGAAAACUAGCGAAUGGAAAGACCAGGAUAUACUUUCUACGAACGCCUCAGAACGGAUGGGAAGUUACCUUACUGUAUACAGACGUACUUCCUACCCUACAACUCUCUAAUAUAAGAAUUGACUGGAAGCCGCUUAUUGAGUCGAAUGUAGCGCUGGACGUGUCUUCGGGCAAGUGGUCUCGUGAGGAGCAGCUGCUGUGGGAGAGACAGCGGGUAGCCGCCUGGGGGAUCGCGUCGUAUGAACUCCAUCCGCAGUCAGGGAGACUUCUCUUCCCUUGUGCGUCUUCGCUGUUCGUCGCAGAAGAGGGACCUAGUCAGUCCCCACCCUUAGUCCCGCGGUCGCUGAACACGGGGGGUGGAGCACCCCUGACUCCGGCGAUGUGUCCCUCCGCCAACCUGGUGGCACACGCGGCCCGCGGAGACAUCUGGCUCGCGGGCGACUGUCUACGGAGACCAACCAGGCUCACGUACGCUUGCAAAGGCCGAGAGGAACGUCUGUCUGAUGACCCGAUGCAGGCUGGAGUUCCGUGCUAUGUCAUGCAAGAGGAGUUCUCGAGGUAUACGGGCUUCUGGUGGCAGCCUUCAACUGAUGAUGAUGUGUACAGGAUAGUGUAUGAAGAAGUCGAUGAGAGUCUGGUGAACAUAUUCAGCUUUCCAUCUUCCAGCAGCAGUAGCGGUGAAGUGGAAGAGUUUAGGUUUCCUAGGGCCGGUACACCAAAUGCCAAGUCAGCCCUCAAGUUGGUAACAUUUAGGCUGCAGAAAGCAACAUCCACUGUUUUAGAUUAUUAUAAUGAAGGACAUUCGGAGGCUCUUCCGCCAUCUAGUAGCGAGGGUAUGGAAGUAACGGAUAUCCGAUGGUACGAGAUGCGGAGGCCGCUCAGCGAGGUGUUUCCGUGGUUCGAGUACCUUGCGAGAGUUGGGUGGACGCCGUGCGGGAAGUAUGUAUGGGUGCAACUACUGGACAGGAAACAGCAGAAACUCGAACUGGCGUUGAUACCGCUAAGUGAGUUCUGUGUACGCACCGGGUACGCACUGGCGGGCCCGCCCAACGUGCUCGCGGACGAGGUUGAAGCCUGCAACGAACAGCCCAUCCAAGUACUAGUAACGGAGACAGCACCUGACGCUUGGAUCAACGUGCACGACAUCCUUCACUUCCUGCCGUCUCCUCAGGGGCUGAGCUUCAUCUGGGCCUCCGAGGAGACGGGUCAUCUACACCUGUACCUGAUUUCGGCCGACUUGGGCACACAGAAACCCACAGGUGUGGCAGACAUAUUGCAAGCCGAUGAGACGUACGCCAGCCGGCCGAAGAUCAUCAGCAAGGAGGCGAUCACCUCUGGCGAGUGGGAGGUGAUGGGACGGAAGAUAUGGGUGGACGAGACUCGGGGGCUGGUGUACUUCCUCGGGCUCCGCGAGACGCCGCUGGAGCGCCAUCUGUAUGCCGCGUCCCUGACCCCGCCGGCACCCAACGAACUGGUGCUCCUGACGCAGCCCGGACACUCGCAUACAGUCGACUUACAUCUAGAUUCGUCAGUAGCAGUAAUAACAUCUUCGAAUAUAAGCAGCGUGGGAGUUACCAGGGUGUACCGGAUUAGUCACAACGGAAGGGUGUCACUUAUACGUCACGGUACACUAGCACUGGACUCUCCGGAUAGCCGGCUUUUCAACGGAGCCUGGGAGCGAACUGGCAAUGGUGAAGACACAAACGAUGUUUCACGACUUAUAAGAGAAAGAUCUCUUAGUAGCGUGGACGUGCCGCCUCCUCAGAUAUACUCUAUGACGCUCUCGUGCGGGCAGACUGCGUACUGCACGCUGUGGCGGAGCUCCCUCGGGGGGCCGCGUCCCACCGUGCUCCACGUGUACGGGGGACCCGAGGUGCAAACUGUCACCAACAGCUACAAGGGUAUUCGCCAGCUUCGUAUGCAUAUGCUGACGGCGCGAGGCUUCACUGUUGUGUCCGUAGACUCGCGAGGCUCGAAGCACCGGGGGCGGGCGUGGGAGGCCGCCAUCAGGGGCAAGAUGGGGCAAGUGGAACUGGAUGAUCAGGUAGAAGUGCUGCAGUGGCUGGCGAAGGAGACCGGCUGUGUGGACAUGGAGAGAGUCGCCAUACACGGCUGGAGCUACGGCGGUUACUUAUCCCUGCUGGGGCUGGCGACGCGGCCUCACAUCUUCCAGGUGUGCGUGGCGGGCGCGCCCGUGACCAGCUGGCGGCUCUACGACACGGCCUACACCGAGCGGUACAUGGGGCUGCCGGCUGACACGCACCACGCGUACAACCGCGCUAGCGUCAUCGCACACGCACCGUUUUUCCCCGACAGGGAGGGUAGAUUGCUCAUAAUCCACGGUCUGGCCGACGAGAACGUUCACUUUUGCCACACGGCGGCGCUGCUGUCAGAACUGGUGCGACUUGGGAAACCACACAGAGUACAGGUAUACCCGGGUGAGAGGCAUUCUCUGCGGGCGAUGCACGCGGCGAAGCACUACGAAGCCACAUUGCUACAUUUUUUACAUGAAAAUCUAUGAAUAAUAUAAAAUAUAAUAUAAUAAUAUGUGAUA